CAAAACAAACACAAACCAUUAGCUUGAUACAUUUGAUACAUAUGCACAAAACAAUGAAGAGCACAACAAUGAUAAAACUUCUACUUGUCAUUGCCUUGUUCUCACAACCACUCCUUGGAACAGCUAAACCUUUUCUCGAUCAAGUCCUCGACGUAUCGGGAAAGAAGCUUCGAGUCGAUGCUGACUACUAUAUCAUCCCGGCUAAUGGCGGAGAGAUUUCACUUGAAAGUUCUAUUGGUGAACCCUGUCCACUUCAUGUAGUAGUUGUGAAACGUAGUCAAGGGUUUCCGCUAAGGAUCGCGCCCGUCAAAGGCGCUAUUCGUGUCUCCACUGAUCUCAAUAUAAUGUUGGCUAACUAUGAUUCGAGGUGUCCCAACUAUUCAGUAGUUUGGAAGAUAGAUCCUUUUUUGAAAGAAGAAACAUUUGUGACCACCAAUGGUCUAUUAGGUCACCCGGGUUCGAAUUCGAUCCAGAGUUGGUUUAAGAUUGAGAAGUAUGAAGAUGCUUAUAAGUUGGUUUAUUGUCCCAGUGUGUGUCCUUCUUGCAAACAUGUAUGUAAAGAUAUUGGGACUUAUGUGUAUAAGAAGAGGGAAAUGCGUUUGGCACUCACUAAUGUUCCCUUAAAAAUUAAGUUCCAGGAAACUUGAUCGAAAUCAAAAGUGUAUUUAUAAAGAUUACUAUGUUUUAUUUAAAAUAUAUGGAUGAAUAAAUUAUUGUUAUAUAUGAAUAAAUUGUCCGUUGGGACGG